CUGCUUCCGGAACAAACUUGUCUUCUAACAACUCAGCGAAAGAGAAAAGGUCGAAGGCGAAAGGGUGAGGAGGAAGAGACAGUGGGCCGGCGAUGGCGAGAUCCCCCGUCUUGAUCUAUUUGAUCGUGGUGCUCUUCGUCCUCCUACUCCUCUCCUUCGCCCCGAAGCGACCUAACCGCCCCCACCGCCGGCUAAAGCUCCGUUCCGCCGCUGACCUCUCCGACCAGACCGGCCAUGACCGCCGUGGCAUUCCCUUCGACCCUGUCAUCGCCGACAUCGAGCGCCGCCGGGAGGAUCGCGAGUGGGAGCGGGCCCACUUCCUCCCCCAGGGUCACGCCCCCGCCAUGGAAGCCCAGCCCGAGUGGGAGGACUUCAUGGAUGCUGAGGACUACAUCAACGACGAGGAGCGCUUCAAUGUCUCCGACCGCAUCGUGCAGCUUUUUCCCAAGAUCGACGUUGCCCCCGCCGACGGCUUUGUUAGCUCCGAUGAGCUGGCCGAGUGGAAUCUCAGGCAGGUGGAGAAAGAGGUGAUUCACCGGACUCAGCGGGACAUGGAGCUCCAUGACAAGAAUCACGACGGCUUCAUCUCGUUCGAGGAGUACGAGCCGCCCAGCUGGGCCCGUCGAUACCAUGAUGAUAAUGCAACCGAUGAUAAAGUGGGAUGGUGGAAAGAGGAGCAUUUCAAUGCUUCAGAUAUGGAUGGCGAUGGUCUUCUUAAUCUAACAGAGUUUAAUGACUUUCUUCAUCCAGCUGACACCAACAAUCCAAAGCUGAUCCACUGGCUGUCCAAAGAAGAAAUUAGGGAAAGAGAUAAAGAUAAAGAUGGGAAGCUUAAUUUUCAAGAAUAUUUUAAUGGUUUAUUUGACUUAAUAAGGAAAGAUGAUGUUUACAAUUUUACACAUGAAUCCGAUAGUUCAACAGAUGCACCGGCUAAAAGGCUUUUCUCACAGCUUGACCACAACAAUGAUGGAUACUUAUCAGAAGAUGAGUUGAUACCCGUAAUUGGUGAUCUACACCCAUCAGAGCGUUACUAUGCUAAGCAACAAGCUGAUUAUGUUAUUUCAGAGGCAGAUGCAGAUAAAGACAGGCGCUUAACUUUGAAAGAGAUGAUUGAAAAUCCUUAUGUAUUCUACAGUGCUAUUUUUGCCGAAGAAGAUGAUUAUAACUAUCAUGAUGAGUUCCGCUAGUUAAUCCUGGUUGGAAAUAGUACCACAAGAACUUCAAGGAUUUUUCUUGUUUUCUAUAGCCUGAGUGUGUACCAUUAGUUGACAAAUCAUCCUUCCUGCAAGUGAUCAUCAUAGAUGGUUCAUCUGAA